UUCAUCAUUUCAUUAGUUAGGCUCAUGUGUGCGGUUGGCGGGAUAUUAUGAUCUCAUAAUGUUGAAAAUGAUAGUGUUAGUGAUAAGCAUUUUGGGACUUAUACAAAGUGGCGUGGGACAGAUCACGCAAAAUGGACAAUGUGAAUCUUUAGAACCGCACCCUAACUUCAACCCUGCAGAUUUUGACCCUGAAAGUUUCUUAGGGACAUGGUACGAGUUCAGAAGAUCGGAUAAUUCCUACCAGUCCGGAGACUGUUCAGUCGUAGAGUUUUUGGAGAGUGGUAAUGGGUACCAGAUCAGAAACCCUGUGGUGGCUGCCAAUUUCGGCCAGGAAGUCAACUCGACUGCCACUUUAACCAAUGGCACUAACGUUUACAGUGUCACCACACCUUCUAUUUCUAACCCUUAUGACCUAACGGUUCUCCGAACCGACUACUCGAAUUAUGCCGUCUUGUAUACCUGCCAGAACAUUGACACCACCCAGAGAUCAAUUAUUGUCUGGGAGCUUCUUAGGCAUACGGAAUAUCAGAACCUGAUGAUACCUGCCCUAGUCAGCACCACACUCAGCGUGAGCCUGAACGUGAAUGUAGACGAUCUGAGCAUGAUAGAUCACUCCGAGGCUGCCUGCUACGAGCUGCCCAUCAUCCCUCUUGGAGAGCCUGUCAUCUUGCCAGGGUCCUGCAACCAGGACAUCUCUGUUGUCCAGAAUUUUAAUGCUACCGCGUUCCAAGGACUCUGGCACGAGAACUACGCGUACUACUCCGAGAACUCCGAGAACCAGUGCGCCAGGGCUGAGUACACCCUCGGCGAAGAAGGCGUCCAGGUCCUGAACAGCCAGGUCAUCAACCAAGCUCUCUUCACCAUCUCCGGUAUCGCGACCGUGGCCAGUACCGAUGGCAGCGCCAGGCUGUCUGUGGUGCUCAACGUUGGAAAUGCUACAGUCACAACUGAUCUAUGGGUUCUAGCCACCGAUUAUGAAAGCUACGCUGUGUCCUACACCUGUGAGAAUCUCGAAAAUAAUCAACAAAGAGUAUGGAGCUGGAUUCUCAGCCGGUCCCGCCAGCUCACGCCCGCGGCGCAAGAAGCGGUAAACAACGUCGUCGCCUCAGAUGUAGUCUUGAACUACGCGUACUACAAACCCACUAACCAAACAGAUUCAGCCUGUUUCUUCUACCCUGAAGUGGAUGCAAGCAAACCCGUGGUAUUCCGAGGCCAGUGCGAUUCAAGCAUACAAACAGUCCAAAACUUCAACCCGGUGGCUUACGAAGGCAUCUGGCACGACAUCUCAUCUUAUCCCUCCGUGUUCCAAACUGGUACAUGUAGGAAUGCCCAAUACACCCUGGACUUGGAGACCUUGGUGGUCGAUGUCCUGAACACCCAAGUUCUAGAAGAGUCUCUGGAUGUUACGAUAGGAGAGGCCGUCGUGGCUUCCACUGAUGGCAGCGGAAAGCUUUAUGUUACAUUCCCCAUAGCUGGCACCAAUGCCACAAUUACGACAGACUAUUGGAUUCUAGAUACGGAUUACACUACAUACUCGCUCGUGUACUCUUGCACCAACACUAAUGAUGACGAAAAACAAGUUAAUCUAUGGAAACUGAGUAGGACGAAGCAACUGCCCGCUGCAGCAGAAACAGAAAUUGCGGCAGUCAUGAGCUCCUAUGACAUCUUAGAUGAGCGGUACUUGGUACCCGUAGACCAAUCCACCGAGGCGUGCUUCUUCUAUCCGGAACCACAACCUGGGGUCCCGGUUGUCUUCCCCGGACAAUGCGAUAAUAUAACCGUUGUUCAGAACUUCAACUUGACUCUGUUCCAAGGUAUCUGGUUUGAAAUCGAAGCGUACCCCAAGGACCAGCAGCAGGGCCAGUGCGUCAGCCACGAAUACGGUUCUGGAGCACUGAACACCCUCAACCUGACAUCUUCUCAAAUCGUCGAUCAGUUUUUGGUAGUCUCUGAUGGCGUCUUGAGCUUUACUUCUACUGACAACAGUGCACAAAUGGAGAUCAACAUCAAUGUUGACGGAGAAGUCAUAACCAUACCUUUUUGGAUUCUGGACACUGACUACGAAGAUUACGCGCUGGCCUACAGUUGCGUGAACCGAAACGCCGACUUCAGAGCGGUUUACAGCUGGAAGCUUAGUAGAACAAGAUCAGGUCUCUCAGCAAACGCUGUAACUUCCAUCAAUAGUGCAAUGGCGGAUGUGGUGGUUUUGGGCCAGCAGUACUAUGAGUCCAUCGACCAAUCUUUGGACGCUUGCUUCUUCUUACCAGAACUGGCACCUGGAGAGCCCGUCAUUCUGGUCGGUCAGUGUGACCCGAACAUCACUGUUGUACAGGACUUCAACGCAACAAGAUACUUAGGUAAUUGGCGCCUCAUAGAGAGCUACCCCGCCGAUCCUCAGACCGGCACCUGCAACCAAGCGAACUACAGCCCCGGGGCAACUGCUGGCACGGUCACGGUGGUGAACACCCAGGUCAUCGACCAGAACCUGGCUUCCAUCACCGGCCAAGCCGUCGCCAGUGCCGAUGGAACCGGCAAACUGACUGUCACCUUCCCUAGCACUCCAGAUCCUGCAGAACUAUGGAUCCUAGACACCGACUAUGACACAUAUUCAAUAGUAUACUCCUGCUCGAACAUCGAUGAAGAGACGAGACGAGUGUGGAGUUGGAAGAUGAGCCGCACGAGGACUCUGUCUCAAGCUGCCGUGGAAGCCAUCGACGAAGUGGUUAACAGCGUGCAGGUCCUGAACAACCGCUACUACCAGAUUGUCAACAACUCUGAUGCGGCCUGCUUCUACUACCCAGUACCUGACUUCAGCUCCAACGGGGUCACCUUCAGGGGGCAGUGCGAUGACACCAUCGAAGUUAUGCAAAACUUCAGUGUUGCCGACUACUUAGGCACAUGGCGCAACAUCGAGCUAUACCCUGCGGCGUUCCAAGGCGGUUCCUGCAACACUGCCCAGUAUUCCCUUGGUGAUGAAGUCGUUAAUGUCCUGAACUCCCAAGUGGUCAACCAGACCUUGGACUCCAUCAACGGAUUCGCCGUCGUGGCGUCUACCGACGGGAGCGCCAAGUUGCAAGUCACCUUCCCCAAUGUUAAUGGUAUGACUGUUGCCACUCCACUGUGGAUCCUGUCAACAGAUUAUUUUACUUACUCACUAGCCUACACAUGUGUGAACAUUAACGACGACUACAGGCAAGUUUGGAGCUGGAAGCUCAGCAGAACAAGGGAAUUGCCCGCUGCCGCUGCAACAAUCAUUGCAAACGUCAUGAGUGAUAUCGAAGUCCUGGACCAGCAGUACUUCCGUACCCCUGGCCACGAUGCCGAAGCCUGCUUCUACUAUCCCGAACAUGUUCCUGGAGAGCCCGUGAGGUUCCCGGGACAGUGCAGCGACGACAUACCAGUUGAACAAAACUUCAACUUGACCAUGUUCGAAGGAAUCUGGCACGAAAUCCAGGCGUACCCCAAAAGGCAACAACAAGGGAACUGCGUGAACCACCAGUACAGCGCUGGCGAUGGCAACUUUCUGGACCUCGUAUCCCUGAACGUCAUCAACCAGACUUUGGGUAUCACCAACGGCACUUUAACCUUCAACUCCACCGACAACAGCGCGAAGAUGACCAUCACCAUCGAAACUGAAGGCGAAUUUAUACAGAUUCCCUUCUGGAUCGUGGACACCGAUUACGAUGACUAUGCUUUGGCUUAUGCUUGCGAAAACGACGGCGAGGAUUACAGAUAUGUGUACAGUUGGAAGUUGAGUCGAACCAAAGAGUUGUCCGCAAACGCCAACGCUGCUAUCGACAGCGCGAUUGCAAACGUCGAUGUGCUAGACCAGCAGUACUAUGAGGACAUUGACCAAUCCGACAAUGCCUGCUUCUUCUUACCCGAGCUACUUCCCGGAGAAGAGGUCGUCUUCCCAGGACAGUGCGAGAACAUAACUGUAGUACAGGACUUUAAUGCUACAGCUUACAUCGGCCGUUGGUUCCUCAUUGAGUCUUACCCAUCGGUCCACCAAAGCGGCACGUGUAAUGACGCAACUUACACUCCUGGCGAUAAUGACGUCAUCGGCGUGAGGAACACGCAAGUGGUCAACCAGGCCCUGGGCAGCAUCAGUGGAACUGCUGUAGUUGCUUCGGAUGAUGGCUCCGGAAAACUUCUGGUCACGUUCCCUAGUAGUCCUACACCAAGUGACUUAUGGAUCCUCGACACGGAUUAUACAUCUUAUUCGUUGGUUUACUCGUGUCGCAACUUAAACGCUGAUCAACGAGCAGUCUGGAGCUGGAAACUGAGUAAGACAGGUAGCCUCACAGAGAAUGCGAACAACGCAAUCAACCAAGUGAUUGACACCGUCAACGUCCUCGACCAACGCUACUAUUACCAAGUCGACCGCUCCGAAGAAGCGUGCUUCUACUUCCCUGAACCUGAUUUUACUAGACCAGUCCGCUUCAGAGGCAGAUGCGACCAAAACAUUGCUGUCGUUCAGAACUUCGAUGCUGCUAGGUACUUGGGUGUAUGGCACAACAUCGAAUGGUACCCCUCGAGCUUCCAAGAGGGUACCUGCAACAACGCCGAGUACACGUUAGGGGACAACGGCGUCAUCGUGUUCAACACUCAAGUGAUCAACCAGACCCUGGACACGAUCACAGGUCUAGCUGUGCCCGUUCCCUCUGAGAACGGGUCCGCCAUACUGGAGGUGACCUUCCCUGGAGCUCCUGGUGUAACUCCAUACUGGGUGCUCGCCACAGAUUAUGAUAGUUACUCCUUGGUAUACACUUGUGUUGAAGAGGAUGAAGAAUACAAGAACGUUUGGAGCUGGAAGUUGAGCAGGUCCAGACAGCUGUCUAAUGCCUCUGCAGUGGAAAUCGACAACGUAGUGAGCCAGGUGCAAGUGCUGGACGACCGGUACUACAGAACCGCGGACCAGAGCCCAGAGGGCUGCUUCUACUAUCCCGAGCCUCAGCCUGGCCAGGUCGUGAGGUUCCCCGGAACAUGUAGCAACGACAUCCCGGUUGUACCGAACUUCAAUAUGACAUUGUUCGAAGGCAUCUGGCACGAAAUCCAGGCUUACCCCAAGGAGCAGCAGCAGGGCCAAUGCGUCCGCCACGAGUACAGCUCUGGUGCCGGCAAUACCCUGGACCUGAUCUCCUCGUCUGUCAGCGACCUUGCUCUUGGACAAACAGCAGGAGUUCUGAGCUUUACAUCCACCGACGGUAGCGCUAGGUUGAGCAUAACCAUCAACUCCAAUGGCACAGACAUAACCAUUCCCUUCUGGAUUGUGGACACGGAUUACGCGAACUACGCCCUCGCGUACGCUUGCGUGGACGAAGAAACCGUCAACGACAUGGACUACAGGAGAGUGUUCAGCUGGAAACUUAGCAGAAGCAGGGACGGCCUGUCUACCGCCUCUGCCGCGAGCAUCGACGCAGCCAUUGCCUCCAUCGAUGUUUUGGAGAACAAGUACUACGAGGUCAUCGACCAGUCGGCCCAGGCGUGCUUCUUCAUGCCUGACCUUCAGCCUGGAGAACCCGUCGUCUUCCCCGGACAAUGCGACCCUGAUAUACCAGUUGUGCAAAACUUCAACGCCGCCGCGUAUCUGGGUCGCUGGCGAGCCAUCGAGGUCUAUCACACGGAGUUCCAAACCGGGGAAUGCAGCGAAGCGAACUACGCCCUCAACACUAACGGCAACGUCGACGUCAUUAACACCCAAGUCAUCAACGAGACUCUAUUCACCAUGAAUGGGGUCGCAGUUGCGGCUACGGACGGCACUGGGAAAUUGGAAGUCACUUUCCCUACCAGUUCUACACCAUCGCCGUACUGGAUCCUAGAUACAGACUACUUAUCCUAUGCCUUGGUCUACAGCUGUGUUAAUAUUGACGCAGAACAAAGAAGAGUGUGGGCUUGGAAACUCGCCCGAGAGAGGUCUCUGUCGGCUAACGCGGUCGCUGCUAUCAACCAAGUCAUGGACACCGUGAACGUCCUAGAUGAUCGCUACUUCAUGAGUGUCGAGCAAAACGACGAAGCAUGCUUCUACUACCCAGAGGCCGACGGUAGUGCUGUCGUCUUCAGGGGACAGUGUGAUGACAAUGUCACUGUCGUCUCCAACUUCAAUGCUACCUUGUACCAAGGCAUAUGGUAUGACAUCCAGAGCUACCCAGCUAACUUCCAGACGGGUACUUGCAACACAGCCACGUACACCCCUAACGGAGGAGUGUUAGAGGUUCUGAACACGCAGGUCGUUGAUCAGGAGCUAGCCAGCGUGUCGGCCACAGCCGUUCCUGCCUACACUGACGGCUCAGGCAAGCUCGUCGUGUCCUUCCCUGCUGGAUCUGGCCAAACAAGAGAUGUGCCAUACUGGAUCCUGGAUACUGAUUACACCAGCUAUUCCCUCGUGUACUCUUGUACAAAUGUUAAUGAAGAAACACGUCGUGUGACCAGCUGGAAAUUAAGUAGGAGCCAAUCGCUGUCUACCGAAUCGGAUACCGCAAUCAACGCUGCGAUGGCCGAGGUGCAAGUCCUCCGCCAACAGUACUACCUACAGAGGAAUCACUCGGAGGAGGCCUGCUUCUAUUAUCCGGACAACUUCGGAGGACCAGUCAUCUUCAAUGACGGACAGUGCCCGCCUGCCGACCAAGUCAACACCGUGGCCAACUUUAACGCAAACAGCUUCGCGGGAACUUGGCACGAAGUGGAGCGAUUCCCGUCUGAGCUUCAAACAGGCGCGUGCGCAGCCAGCCAGUUCGACAUCGGCACCGGCGGCACGUCAACCUUGACACAUACCAUUGUGUUCAACGAGAGCCAGCUGACCAUGACAGGCAGCGCGACGGCCAACGCUAACGGAGUCAUCGCUGUCACGAUUAACAACGCAGAAGUGAACAUCAACAACAACUUGUACGUCAUCGCUACCGACUACUCCGAGUAUGCCUUGCUGUAUGCAUGCAGGACCCUUAGCAAUACAUCAAGACAAGUGUACAGUUGGAAACUCAGCCGCAACUCCGACGGCCUGUCUGCGUCUGCAGUCGCCACCAUCGACGCCAUAGUCCGUGAGGAGGUGGACCUCCAUCGCAGCUACUAUGAGCCCACAGCUCAGGACAACGACGCCUGCUUCUACUACCCAGUGUUCGACACGCUCCCCAAUGCCAUCCAGUUGCCUGGACCCUGCCCUGACAUCCCGGCUGUGGCUAACUUCAACCUUCAAAUGUACCUCGGCCAAUGGUACGAAGUGCAAAGGUACCCGCAACCGAACCAACGGGGAAAAUGCAACCGUGCUAGGUACAGUGAGCUGUCAGACACAUCUUUCAACGUCUACAACUACCAAGUCAUGGACCGACUGCUGAAUUCAAUCAGCGGAUAUGCCACAAUCUCGUCAUCUGACGGCAGCGGAGCCCUUACUGUCAAUUUAGGAGCCAACCGUGUGGGCACCCUCUCCGUCCUCGACACAGACUACUCGAGCUAUGCGCUUCUCUACAACUGCCGCAACUUGACCAACGGUGAUAGACAAGUGGCCAGCUGGAAGCUGAGCAGAACCAGAACCCUCAGCGACGCAUCGAACGUCGCCAUCAACGCGCUCAUCGCGACGACACAGGGCCUCAACCAGGACUAUUACUUCGACACAGACCAGAGCGAGGAGACCUGCUUCUACGUGCCUUCUGUGGACCUCAACCGCGCGCCGAGGUUCCGCGCGCGGUGUGACAACGUCACUGGCAUGGCGAACUUUGAUAUGCAGAGGUACCUGGGCUGGUGGCACGAGAUCGAGGCGUACCCAGCAGACGAGGACCGUGGCGAAUGCGCGAGCGUCCGCUACGAAGCCGACGGUACCACAGUGAGGUACACCAGCACUGGCGUCUUCGACCUGUUCGGAAUGGUCACCACCGGCACUGUCGUGGCGGACUCCGACGGAAGACUGACCACGACAUCCUCCAACGGCGUUAUCGAUGAAAUGUGGGUUCUGGACACUGAUUACGACAACUACGCCCUGGUGUUCACGUGCAUGCCUGACAAGGAAGAUGAUGAAUAUGUCAAAGUAUGGAGCGCCAAGCUCAGCAAAACGCGCUCUUUGUCGGACGCCGCGCAAACCGCAAUGGCGACCGUCAUCGAGGACAAUCAGCUCCUGUACUCGCAGUUCUACCAGCUGGCCAACCAGACCGACGACGCUUGCUUCCAUUACCCCGCGGCUACUGGCACCAGCGUCGUCCUGCCUGGCCAGUGCGACCAGAACAUUGCUGUGCAGCCUGACUUCGACAUCAGUGGUUACACCGGCAAUUGGUACCAGAUCGAAAGGUACCCGUACCCCGAAGUCCGGGCUGCGAGCACCUGUAUCGGCGCGCGAUACACGCUCGAAGGAAGCGGCAACGUCACGGUGCUCAACUGGGAGGUGUAUGAUGAUGAGCUGCAGGCCAUCGAAGGACACGCUGCGGUAGUCGGCAACGCUCAGCUACAAGUGACGCUGUCUGGACCUGACUCGAACGUUACAUCAGUCACAAACCUGUACAUCCUGGAGACAGACUACGUAUCGUACUCGCUGGCGUACACUUGUGAGAACAUCAACUCGUUCGAGAGAGUUGUGGUCGUAUUCAAGCUGAGUCGCAACCGUGAGCUUUCAUCCGACGCCACUUCAGCCAUCAACAACAACAUCAACGAACGCCAGGAGCUCAACGAAAGGUACUUCAUAUCUGUCGAACAAAACGACGACUGUGACGAACCGAGUUCGUCAUUCUUAGUCAAGAGCAGCUUAUUCCUCGUACUACUUGGCUACGCACUACAGAUGCUGUUACGUUAACGAUAGUGUAAUUUAAUUAGAAUUAAGUUAAAUAGCAAAUAUUUUCCUUAUUUAUUACGAUUUUAUUUUGUUAAGAUAAUCCAUGUAAAUAAACGCUUUUUUAUUUUCAUA